AGGGGCGGCUCUUGGUCGCUUUGAAACACGUUGCCGCCCGCAGUGAGAGUCGUCCUUUGAAGCUGAAGCGCUGUGCGGAUUCAGACCUGUGUAGGACCGUCCUGUGACACUAGACAGAUAUGUGUCUCACGACGCUCCGCCUGCACCUCCUGCUGACCGCCUGCAUACUGGCCUCUCCUGCAGUCAGCGGCCUGUUUGAGUGGCUACGGUCGGCGCCUCUUCCUGCAGCAGCACCACCGUCUCCUCCAGCCCACCUUGAAAAGGAUGCUCCGUUUGAGAUGAUGACUGCAGACGAGAAGUUUCUGGCGGAGGCAAAGCAGAUGGAGCACAGUCCGUUGACCAGCUGUCAUUACAAUGUUGUUGCUCAGCUGAAGUCGAGCUGUGAAAAUCUCUCUGAAGAAAAUCUUGCAAAGCUCGGAGUGGCUCUGUUUAACUGCCAAGCAGAGGCUGAGGGGCGACUGACGUUCCCAUGCACAGACGAAAUGGGCAUCAAAGAGUGCACGGCAGGCAUGGAUUCAGACACAUGGAAUGCAUAUCUCAUUGUAAGCAACCGCGCGCGCUCUGUUUGUUAUGCAACCCGGCAGCAGCUUUUCCGGCGCAGAGCGGAGCAAACUGUCAAUGCCCUCAUCUCCACGGCAACCAGCCAGCUGGAUGCAAUGAAAGACCUGAAGGAGGGACAGCAGGAGCUGAAAGAACUGACUUCUGCUUCUCUGGAGAAGCUCCUGGAGGGUCACAGCACCCUGCAGGCUCAACAAGGGAAACUACACGAGGGCCAGGGUCAGAUGGAGAGCUCGCUGCGGGAGAACCUGGAGCGUCUGGGUCAGGAGAAGGCCCUGAUCGCCUCGGGACAGCAACUGGUGGCUCAGCUCAUUCAGAGCAUCACCCAAAAAAUGGAGAAUGUUAGCGAAAACCUGCAGAUUCACGGGUCGGAGGUGCAGGACAGCCACAAGGCGAUUGUUGACGACCUUACUGAAGUCAGACAUCAAGCUCAGGACAUCUACCAAAAGAUUGACCACAGCAUGGGGGAGUUUCUGCUCUACCAGGACCAGACUUCACAGUACUACACUGACCUGAUGAACAAACUGGAGCACAUGAACAGCACUCUGGGAUUCAUGUUGCACUACCUUGAUACCAUGCAGACCCGUGUGGAGGAGAGGCUUCACAUGAUCCAGGGCUACCUGGGCUGGGCAGGUUUAAGUCUGGCAGCCAUGUGGACAUGUGUGGUACACAUAGGCUACUUUGUUUUGUGUGCGGUCCUGCUGACUUUCCUACGGUGUCCAGCAUUCUCUCGAGUCCUCCUGCUGCUCACCGUCCCCCUGAACGCGGCGGCGGAAGUCAACCAGCAGCCGGCGCUGGACCUCGGCAGCCUCAGCCUGCUUCUUCUCACUCUGUCUUUGGGUCACUGGUGUUUGAAGUGGCUGUGCACGAGCUUCCAGGUGAGAGAAAAGCCGGCUUCUCCAUUUUCACUGGCUCCAAACAACAAUGUAGAGCCACCAAAGGAGAAUACGAUGACAUGCAGCGAGUAUCCACCUUCUUCUACACCACAGAGACAUGAAAAGGACUUCAUGGAAGAUGACCUGCUGCAUCAGGGCAGUUUUUUAUCAGGUGAUCUCGAAGUGUCAGUGUCUCCCUUUCCAAAUAAACCAGUAUGUGAGUCAAGGUUUGGACCAGUACUCGACUCGUUGAAUCACUCCACCCCGAGACCCAGAACAACACCGCUUUUCUCAGGGGCCCUGAUUACUGACAUCACUCCGAAGAACCUGGGGCGGGGCUUUGACGCACUGAACGACUCGCUUGGUUUCAGGAACGACUGGAGAGGUUCUAGUCCAACCCCGUCACUCAGCAACAGCUCUCUGACAGGCCGCCAGCUGUGCAACGGAAUCACAAAAACAGGAAAAGCUUGCAAAAAGAGAGCUGUCCCUGGGCAGGAGUACUGUCGAGUCCACGAAGGGGGUCACACUUCCUACGCUCAAUCCUAAACCUCACUUUGAGUGGAGUUUGCAGAAGCUCGACUGUUUUUUAAAGCAGAUUUUAAACAAACGCCGCAUAUGUAUGAUCAGUUUGUCUUCUUUUUGUGAUUACUUUUUUUAAAUAAAUUUAUUUCACAACA